UUGUAGGAAAUUCACUUCCCAAAAAAUUGUAUUCUAUAAACAGGAUUUCAUAUUUGCUUCAGUGAUGAUAUUUUAUGACAAAGAUGUAUGUCACUUCCCCAUAUUGAAUCCUGGUAGAUGUUUCUAACAUCUUAAUUCUAUUUUCAGGCAUUGAAUGAAUAAAAUAGGAACAACGGCGGGGACUGGGGACUUAUUUUAUGUCCCGGGUCACGUGAUGCAACUGCCUCUGUAUCGGACUGUUGUGAUGGUGAGCCACGCGCUUUCGUUCGAGUGAGAAGCGUACGUUAACACGGCAUGUGAAUGCUUACUCGAGAAUGAUGGGUAGUUCGGCAGAUGUGCGUGUAAUAAGAGAAAGCUUUUGGCGAAUGAUGGACUUGGUCCAGUGUCUGUAUUUGGCCAUAUUUUAUAUAUCACUGACCAUACAACCAAUUCUUGUCACUGGCGAAGCUAUAUUACAUAACAGAGAAUCAUGUUCGGCUUAUAGAUCAAAUUUCGCCAACGAAAAGUCAACCUAUUAUAGAUGGAAUGGAUCAAGUAUCCGGAACUGCGUUAUAGAAUUUAGCAAACGGACGUCUGUAAGAGAGCAUUACAUUUGUGUAGAAAUACUCAGCUUUGAAUUUGUGGAUUGUUCAGCAGAUAUAGAAUACUAUGGAAUUAACUUCACAACUCCUGCCAGGACGUUCAAUUGUCAUACAAAACCUAGUUCACCAAGAUGGUGCUGCAAUACCGAAUCAAUACAAAUCAAACUCCACAAUAACCGCUCAACGAACAGUAACUUCUUCUUCCGGGUUUUCGCUAUGACGCCCGGAAGUGUAUAUGACGACUGCCUUCCGCCCACCACAACAACGACAACGACAACCACCACAGACCCUUUCAACGCUGUAGUGUUGGCAGAUACUCCUGCAUGCAACGCUAACAGAGUAAAUAUGGUUGGACCACAGCUUAAAUACUUUAAGUGGAAGGGAAUGUGGGCCAACAGCUGUACUGUUGGAUUUCAUAAGAAACCGGAUAUAUACAGUGAUUCCUUAACUUGUAUUGAGAUACUCAACAUUGCAAUCCACGACUGUUCAACACGUAUCCGGUUCUUUGGAUUAACGACUUCCGGUCGACCCUUUAAGACAUUAUCUUGCCAUACACAUAUAAAACCUCGCUGGUGUUGCAGCGUCAAUACAAUCAAUAUUAAGUUUGAAGUAAUACAAUAUGCAAACGACGAUGAACUCUUCUUCGGCGUGUACAAGGUUCCAGCCGGAUUCGUCGCCGAUGAGUGUCCGGACGUACAGAAUUUAGAUGAUUCGCCAUACAUUAAUAGUUCCGAUACAAUACAAAAGACUCUUCAUAUAAAAAUAGGUUUGUUAUUAUUGCCUUUAGCUGCCUUCGUGUUGUUCUAAAACUUCAACCAUGGACAUCUACUGUCUGAAAUUUAAGUCACGUGACAUCUUCAUCCGCCGGUGAACUGGUGCCUUAUACUCAUUCUUCCGUCGUUGUACUCUGAAGUCACUUUCGAUACGAGUCACCAGGACCACAUGGAUUGACCUCUUGUAGUUGUCGCUACAUAUUUAUUCUUCCAUACUAAUUGUCAGUAAUGAACGGUGCCAAAAAUGACAAUGUUUUUCUUCUGCAAAUUUCAAAAUUGUGGAUUAUAUGCAGAUCCAUGCCAAUUUGGACAAGAAAAACAAAAUCGAAGAAAACAGUUCUGUACCGUGGCGUUGAUGUGAAGGAAGUUAUUUUUACAUAAAUAUAUAGAAUACAUAGUUGUGCUAUUGAAAUAUCAUGUAUGUUGACAAUAUCAUAUUUACCACAAAAAUGUUGUGAAAGUGUUUUGCAUAUCUAAAAGUUUUAAAAGGUGAGGGAAGAUUUAGGGAUAGGCUAUUUUGUAAUUAUACUACAUAUUUUAUAACCAUUAUUCAAUUCAUAACUAGAAAUGCUUUGUGGCUAUACUUAUUCACAAAAACAGAACAUUACUAGAGAAGAGCAGGAUGAAUAUGGGGAUAGGCGCGAGGUGUAGGUGUAGAUAUAGGUGUAGGUGUAGGUGGGAGCUGUAAUCCUCUAGUCAAUAUUUACACCAAAGUACAUAUUUGUGUCCAUGUUGGGAGUCUAGAAAUGUCUAAGCUGAUUAUUUUAAACAUGAUUUCAUGAUUUAAUUACUUCUUUCACACGAAAUGAAAAUGUGAAAAACAAUCACUUAUAUAACUCGUUAUGUUUGACGGGUUGGAAGUGUACAGGGGGACUUAAUUUUGGAGGAAAUGAGGAACGUUUUAUCGAAGUGUUAAGUACCGGCUGUCUUGGGGAAAGACGAGGUCGAUAUCCACCUCUCUACCAGAUCAAAUAGUUCCCUUUCAUAGCACCGAUUUGAACUGUUGAAAAUCAUUGUUUUGUUUUAGCAUUUGUGUUUAUAUAUCAUAAACAUUGAAUUGCAAUUAAAGAGCAAAAGCAAUAACUAUUUAAAAUGAGUAUUACAGUAGAUGUAGUAACGGCAAACGUAACAAAAAAGCGUAUAUUCAAGUAAAUCGUUAUAAUUUUUUACAUGGUGUCUGUGGAAAUCUACUUUUAGUGAUGGCGUCUUUUCUUUUAGAAAUUGUUACGCCGCAGUGUCAGCUAACGUUACAAACACCAACGUCAUUUUUAUGGGCUGAUAUUUUGGCCAAUGAAAACGCUUGUUUUAUGGGCUGAUAUUUUGGCCAAUGAAAACGCUUGUUACAAGUCAACAAGAUAUUAUUAUGCAUAUCUUAUUAACAACUGUCUGAUGAGAAACCGUUGACGUACUAACAUGAACAAGAUUAAUAAAUUUACACAAAAUGUCGUGUUUCUGUCUUUUUUAAAGUGGCAUAUAGUGGCGUACUAAUGCGACUCUGUGGUCACGUGAUUUCGAGCGUU